UCUUCCCUCCUCUUCAUCUGGCUUCGGACAGUCUUUAGCUCUCCCUUCUGCCUCUGUGCCAAACUUGUUUCAGUCACAGCCACGGAACACAUCAGGAAGACGCCAUGCGCAGGACAUUGUGGUCGCCUCCUUCUACCCGGCCUAGUCGCUGGUUGCACCCAAUUCCUUCUCAUUCUCAGCGAUGGCAAGAGACUUUGGCGCGCUUCUUGACUCCUCUCACCCUUUGGAUAUGUGUUUCCGUCAUUCUCCGAUAUGGGUAUUUUGGGGAUUCUCGUCUCGCGCUUGGACCCAGUUCAUCCCGUCUGGUGGAAGCAGGUUCUUUGUUUGUAAAACAAAUUGAAGUAAAAGAUUAUUAUAACAGUGAAGUUCUUGUUUAUGCAUUUGAUGAGAAACCUGAGCAUACUGUCCUCGCUAAUUGGAGUGCAUCUAAUUUCCUAGUUGUUGCGGCAUACACUCGCAAGGGAUAUUCCCUGUGGCUAAAUAAGGGCUCCACGAUCCGCAUGAGUUGGGAAGCACCGACCAGAUAUUUAAAUAAGCUAGAAGGGGUCGUGAUUAAAGGAGAACGAAGGUUCAAACGACUGCAGCCUAAACAAGCAUCCCUUAAUGCAAUUGCUGACCCUGAGAUUAUUUAUGGUAAAGAAGCUGAAUACCUCAUCGAGGAAGACGAUAGAUACCACAUCGGGGUUCUAAACAUGAAUGGCGGGAAUAUUAUAUUGACCAUGCAUGUUAAUGUUUCGGCAAUGGUUUAUGAUACCUCCAAAGCCAAGAAGCUCUGCUCUACUGCAAACGGAUUAUGUAGAUUGAGUCUCCUAUUCCCUCACACGCAUUACCUAACUCUAAUGACAACCAACAACCAGGGAGUCCGUGGGGAUUGGUCAGUCGAAGUUUCUUUUGUGGCUCGUGCGCUUACUUACAUAGCACUUUUAGGAUUUAUUGUUGCUGUUAUAUUUCUGAUACUGAGAUAUCUUGGAGCCUGCGGCGGCAGUGACCACAAUCAGAGUACUAAUGUGAUCACAGACACGUAUCACACAAGUAUUGUGGCCACAUCACGCGAGGUCACCGAAACUGAGCCUAUGAUGCCAGUGAAAAGCAUGACAUAUGGAACAAAUGAAGAUGAAGAUGAUGAUAAUGAAUCAAGAGCAUCAAGCACCUCUUCAGAGGAGUUAUAUGAUGAAAAACUUUGUGUCAUUUGUUACGACGAACUGCGCAACUGCUUCUUUAUUCCCUGCGGCCAUUGUGCUACUUGCUAUGACUGUGCACAGAGGAUUAUGGAAGGCGACAGCAAAGUUUGUCCCAUAUGUCGGAGGCUUAUUCACAAGCCACGAAGAUUAUUCCAUAGUUAGGCGCGUCAACACGCAAUGAUGUUGAUUAUUGAACAAGAGGGAUGUUGUAGAUAGUGGAAGAAAAUUUGAGAAGAAAUUAGGACAUUGUGAUACUAUCAACUUCAUUGUGUGCGAUUCAAUUUGUAGCUCAAUGUAUCCAUGGCUUUCGAAUUUUUUUUUGCAUUAAGCUGCAGGAUACGAGUUGCUCUGAUUUUGAGAUCUUCUUGCAGAUUUUAUUGAGAAAAUAUCAUCGAGAAAUUAUUAUCAUUA